GAUUUAAUCAGCCGGUGUUAGGUUACGAUACAGUUCUAGGGUAUUAAAAUAUUUUGUUCAUAAUCUUUAGUCUUUAAGCUUUCUAAAGUUGUAUACUUUGUCAUGGUUUGGAAUUAAAUCUUACCAAGAGAAAAGUUUGAAAAAAUGGUGUGUUUUUGGGUGAACCCCCACCUUUGUUUUUUUACUCCGCCCCAGUUGCCUCUCGGUUUGCGUCACUCGUCACACUCCAGAAAGACCUGGAAACGAGUUCUCCGACUAAAAGGUUUGAGAGGAUACUAAACUUCCACAUCGGAGGUCCUUCAAAACGGCUUUUCUUAGCACAUAUUUGCGCAGAGUUAUCUCAAGAGAGCAAUGGAGAUUUUGCUGUUUUGCUAUUGAAGGACUGAAUUUGGGGCACAUUUAAUUUCUUCUCAAAACGACUUCUCAACGAAACACGCUGAACCAUCGACAAUCACGACAGAUAGUCAGAUACAAAACGUGGUCGAGGUUUAAUUGAACUAUUAAAGAAAUUCCUUCUUGUUCGAUGACACCAAAUUUAGUUUCUGACGCCACACUGGCGUGAGUCCCAUUGAUUUCUUAAGAGAGCUCGUGUUUUGAUGUCAAUAGGUUUCUAAAAAAGAUCUUUGCCCCAAGGCGUACUUAAUUUAACACAGCCCUGAAUGAUGUUAUGCUUGCCUCUCGCCUCACGCUGCAAAAAACACACUUCACUUGGUGUUUGUGUAGUAACCGCAAGAAACGUUUCACGUGCGAAAACUGGAAAACAUAUUAUUUUUAGUUUCUCAGACUCAACUGGUGCUGUUCUGUCAUGUAUAACGGUUUGGUGAGCGGCAGGUUUGUUCAAUGUUUUAAAAUAGCCCCAGGCAAGUUUUAAAUAAAAGCACACUGUUAAUGACAACUAAUAAUGCAAUGACAUGAAUUGAAACACAGAACUUUCCUGAACUUUUCGUUGACGUUUUACUGAUUUUCGAACGAAGUCAUGAUCGUUUGAAAUCAUUUGACACGGUACGUCACAAGUUUUAAAACGUUUCAAAAUUCUUUUUCAGGAGGGCACCUACAAAAUCGGAAGCGGACGCGACGGAUAUAGAUCAUAAAAGAUAGCUUUAAUUUGAAUAAAACGCAAUGUAAUGUAUAUAUUUUAGAAAAUUCUUGCUAGGGACUAUGUUGCUAAUUUCGAUCAGAGCUUGACAGUGCAAGCGACCAAAUUCUAUCUGUAUUUUUAAGGAACGCGCUUAUAAAAAUACCAACCAUUCAAAUCUGUUACUGAAUCAUAAUUUGUUAUCAUUCUUUUCAAGAAUGUCGAAAAAACUGAAGGCCGAGGUAACAUGGCUCGUCGCUUCUGCCAAAAUUGUACGUGCGUAGAAAAGGCAUUGUUUCGGGUAUACUGUUUUGAAUUGCUGCUCAAUCGGAUGUGUCUGGACGGCCUCAAGCUUCACCAGUUUAGUGAGAUAUGGCUUUAUAGCCCGCUGAAUGUGUGUGUUGUAGUUUAAUAUUGCUGACUUAGCUUUACGACUUCAUUUCUAUGUUUCUUUAAGGCAUCUCCAAAUAUGAGGUAGUUUUACCUGGCCAGGGUGUUGCGCGCUCAGGGACAGCUAUUAAGCCCGCGUAAAUUACGCGAGCCCUUUUCGAGGCUAACUGCUUCAAAUAGGCAGACAGCCGAAUACAACGUUCUGAAUAUCAAUUUAUUCCCCGAGGCUAUAGAGACACGGUGAGCGUGGUACAUAUAUUACUCGUCUCCUGGGGGGUUAAGUAUGCAGACUGGCUUUUGAAACAAGGGCUGCCGGCUAACUUAACAUAAUCAGGCCUGACUGACACAAUACGCAUCUUGUUAUUUCUGACAUCUCAAAAUUUGAAUAAAAGGGAGUGAAACAAUAGAUCACUUUCAAUAGCGCUUUUGUCAAAACGGUCUGAAAACGUCCCGCGUGGACAAAGAACACUGCGUAAAACUCUAGUAACAAUCUCCUUUCACCCUCAGCUGUGCUGAGAAAUUCUUUGCAGGAAAAUAGAAGCAAUGGCUUCGCAAAUUGCUUUCCAAGACAACGUGCUUAUUAAAAUUAAGACGGAGAGAGACUUGCCCUCCACGUAUUGUUCAGAGAAUCAUGGCAGUCUUAGCUUGGAUUCCCCGCAGCAAAACGGAAGACUGGCAAGUGUUGAUUACUUCCACCACGCUAGACAGCAGAUGAUCUUUCAAGACUCUGCCCAAGGGAAUGGUCCUCGGUCGCAACAGGAUGCUUGUUCCGUGGUUGUAAAGCAAGAGGCGGUCGAUGAUAUUCCAUGUAACAAUGACUAUAAUUGCGACAAACCUCAGCGUUCUUCAUCCCCGAGUGAAGACAACGAAGUGAAAUCGCCUAAGGAUAAUUCAUUUUACGAGCCCCGUGGAAGAUCAUCACCGCAGAAAAUGAGAAAAGAAUAUUUAAACCAUGCGUCCCGUUCCGAAAGUGCGCACCAUGCAGAAAAUUCCUCUCGUACCGAGGGUGUGUCCCGUCCCGAGGAGGUCUCCAGGUCUCCGCCUUCUUUGCGUGGACCUGAGUCUCGUUUGUUCCAACCAGAUGAAAGAAUACGAAAUCUACAUUUCGAGGCACUGAAAAAACGGCAACGUUCAACCUCACCUGUCAAUGGUUGGUCGUACCCCAACAAGCAGGUUUUCAAGGGGUUUCAACCAGCCUUGAUAUUAGUGGAAAGAAGCGUCGAUCCUGCUAUGUCCACACAGCGUUUCCCAACCAGAAGAAAUGAUGAUUUGUCUCCUCGUGAACAACAACAGUCGUUUCAGCGCGACACCAGCCAUGUGAAAUCACUGAACGGAAAUGAGGGCGUUACACAGUUGGUAAAUGGUGAACGAAGCACAGCUAAAUCCAACGGUUUCCAUGAAAAGCUAAUGUCUGGAAUAAACGGCUCACCAUCAGACAGACCCGUGAAGAACGUCUCUUCGCCAGUUUUGCCAGAGAACAAUGCUAGCAAUAGCUCUGUCUAUCCGAAGGAUGAGGUGCCUGUGUGGAAGACAUACCAGUGGUAUAGAGAUCGCAAGCGACCACUUUCGCAGCAAACCAAAAGACAGAAAACAGAGCAAACAAUCUUCAUGCAAUAUAACGAAAUGCGUUGCAAGAGAGUCGAAGAGGGGAGGAUGGUAAAUGAAAGAAGAAGAGCUUCAGAACCUUGCUUGGACCCUAUUUACAGUAGGGAAAUGGACCACUCAUCUCCAUCGUCUCCAACAAAAGCUCGUUCUGCGGAGUCUUCUAACGGAGAGGGACAUUUCGCAUCGCAAUCUCCACAAGCACCAAGUCGCUUCCUAGCCGACCAUCGAGUGCUCCCACACAGCUCUUCGACUUUUCGAAGGGAGAAAAGACAUUUGAAUAAUGGCCCCCGAGAGUAUAAUUGUCAAAGACGAAAGAGCGACGAGGGUUAUUUCAAUGGAAAAGCAAAUUUCCAGUACGUGUGUAGUAGAGAGAGUGGUACCUUUCCAAAAGAAAAAACCGCUCAGCACGUGAUCUUCUGUCAUGAAAAAAUCAAACCAAAAAACCAGGAACGCAGCGCUAAUGCUGAGGAGAAAGUAGGUGUUGAAAUCUCCGCAAAUGAAGACGAAGUGGCCAGUGAACCAGAUGAUGGCGCUUUGGAGAGAAUUAGGAGCCCAACUGAACAGGCUGAUAACAUUGAAGUACUGCCAGAUAAACUACGCCGCUAUCCUCAAGACGUUGCCAAGAUUCUAAGGCUGAAUAGGAUCGUAAAAGCGGUGAGGAAUAACAAAGAAAAGCGGCUUCCCUAUAGUACAACAGAAAGACAGCGAACAAUCAUGACGAGCAACCGUAAUCCAUCGCAUACGACAAGCGUUGAAAACGAAGCGUUUUCGGACGAGAUGCAGAUAGAGAACUCGAGUGAUUCCGACCAGGAAAUUAAUCAGAGAUGUGUUAACGGUCACGCAGCUGACGAAACAAUAGAAGAUGAUGAUGAUGAUGAUGAUGAUGAUGAUGAUGAUGAUGACGACGGCGAGGAAGAAAAAGAAGAAGAACGAAAUUCAGCAAGAAACCUCAUCGACUGUUUCUUCUUGCCUGAAAGAGAACCUCAGCAAAUCAGAAACGGACGGGUUAACACCCUAGCCUUCCCGCAGUCUGUACCAGAAAAAGACGAGUUUUCCGCAAAACAUUUCAACGGUCUCGGUGCAGUGCAAGCCCGUGACGACAGCGAUACAGUUUGUCAAGUGAACGGCCUUCUUUCCCUUCCUGGUUUCAAAGAAACCAAGUUUAACAUCAGCCUGGGAGAACUAAAGCGUCGGAUGAACCCGCCCGAGACACUGACGCGGGUCGAAAUGAUUUCUUACGUUCGACAGGCUAAAUCUUCUGGAAGGGUCCUCUUAGACAAGAACAACAUCAUUACUGCCAACCGCUCGCGUCCCACAAUUCUUUCGCGCUUGUGUGAAAGCGAGGCACAACUACUGGCUGACGGAAUACUUAAGAUGAACAGGGAAUAUUUACCGCUGACAACGCUAGCACGCAAGACAGUUGAGGCUUACAAAGAUGACGACUGCAAAGACAAGCACUGCGAAGACUGCAGGCUCAAACUCAGAAGACGAAUUGUUGAUGUUGAGAUCACAAGAAACUCACUAAAAGAGUUGCACAAGAUUAUUGAAGAAGCGAGGACGGAAGACGCAUUUGAGACCUUCGAACUUGCGUCGCACACCUUUGGAGCGGCGAACAUCCUCAACCAUCUGUCCCUGUUAGACGAAUAUUUUAGAACUCUGUUGCUGACGCUACAAGAUGAAUAAGACGGCAAACCGUACAGGGAUUAAUCACUGUAUCAAGCAAGAAAAAAUAUUUCCAAAGCUGCCCGACGUGCCCCUUAUAAUGAAUUCUUUGUUGAGCAAGCUUGUUCGAUCAAGAUGCCCGAAUAUUGGCCUCGUUAUUUUUGCGUGGAAAUGGACCUCGACUCCGCCUAGGUCCUUAAAACCGCCCAAACAGUACUUGGCCAAACUUCAGGCCUCUCGACCUCACGCUUGAUCAGCAACCCAUACAUAUAUAUUACAUUUCUUAAUUUUAAUUCGAAAUCAGCGCUUUGCGAGUUUCAGAGAUUGGCCUUGAAAUAAUUCGUGUCAAUUCUUCAGUUCAGUUUCUGCGACACCAAUAAAUUUCUGCGAGCAAAAUGUCACUACUAAAUUUUCUCCGAUUCUUAUUGGUUAAAAUUGAUCACGUGACGCGAUUAUGUUCAUCGGCGGAGAAACACCAUCUGCCCUUAGUUCCGUCCGAGGAAAAUACCUGGAUGGAGAGUACCCGUCCGCGAAAACUUUUCUCUAAACAAGCAGGCUUGUAGAAGCAAAANAAAAAA